GAGAGUGAGAGGCGCGUGGUGGUGGUGUCCGGUUGGUUGUCGGUGGUGAGACAGGAGGAGUGGGAUGGGAUUAACGGAAUCGAACACGUAGUGAGAUAAGCGGUGGUCAUGCCAAGCAGGGAAGCUUGACGUGCUGCGCCAUAUUAAUUCGUCGUCUCCUGCUGCUGCUGCUGCUGCUACCGCUGCUGCUGCCCCAGUCUGCCAGGCGGACAGUGGAGGCAGGGCGCUGCACACCACAGACCGACUGACAACACACUUGGAUGUACUUUACCAUCGCCGAUUGCUUGCAAAACUGUGACCCUGGAAUAGCCGGUUUGGCAGUGCUGUCGAUAGUGGUGACUUAACGCCAACUGGGAAAGCUUACGCAAGUGUGACUAGUGAUAUUCUACGCAUAUGUGCAUAGUGAUCCGUGUUUUAUGCAUUUGAGUGUACUGAAGACACGCUUAUGGGAAUUGUGAUGAAUUACGCAUUUCUGGUUAUGAUUUCGAGCGAGUGAAGUGAAACAUAAAAGCAACAUUAUAUAUAUAAGUGAUGGCCAGCCCUAGAGAGGGAGGUAAUGUGCGUAUAAGACAAUACAGUUCAGUUCAGACCUGAGCCUGGCGUCGCUCUACAGUUCAGUUCAGACCUGAGUGCCUGGCGUCGCUCUUGACGAUGUCUAGAGAAUGGCGGGAGACCUGUUUUCUGGCCUCUCCUGGCUUGGAGUGGCAGGUGCCUGUGGAUGUCGCCCUGGAGAGGCCCGAGGAGGGUCUGGGCUUCACCCUUGAUUAUGAUGGUGAUGGAGACGUGAGUGCUUCGGAUUCCAGCAAAGAUUAUGACUCGUCGGACGAAGCUGCAGAGAUUACUGUCAUUGAGGCCAGGAGAAGAGAGAAACAUGGUGGCACUGACACUGUCCACCUUGACGAGAGCGCGAGGGCGACACUGUCCUCGAUACAACGGGACCUGUUUGCUAUGAAAAGGGAAACCAGCGCUAUUAAAGAGCUUCUGUCUUUACCGUCUACACGGCCCAGGAGGGUAGACGACCUCGGUAGAGAAGAGGAGGUGGAGCAGUGGCAGGAGGAGGCGGUGUUGGUGGCGCAUGGUGAGAGAGGCGACACAGCUGUUUACAGAAGGGGAAUCACAUCCACCACCAGCCACGAUGUUUAUCACGAAGAGUUCUCCGAAGAGGUCAUCAUUCAAGGAAACUCUGGAACAGAGAGCCGCAGGCAGCAGGCACAGGACGCGUCCUGCAAGGAGUCAAGCUUGGAGUCACCAAGCUCGGGCUGGGAUGAGCGCAGAAGAGGCUCCCGCUCCUCUUACCGGAACAUGGUCGAUGCCAUGGACGAUUCCGAAGACAAUCUCUCACAGUCCUCGGGCGAUGAUGGUGAUGGACACCACCUUGAUGAUUCUCAUGCCACGUCUUCAGUCUUUGACAUGGAGGGCACGAAUGUUACAACAGUGCAGAUUGAGCAUCAUACAUCGUCAUCAACAGAGGCCCUCCACGAUAUGUCAUCAAUAGAGUUCCUUCCCGAUGCUACUUCAACGGAGGUCUUGAAUGAUGCCUCAUCACCAGAAUCCCUUUGUGAUGUCUCAUCAACAGAGUUUCUGCACGAUGUCUCAUCAACAGAGUUCCUACCUGAUGCCACAUCAACAGAGGUUUUGAACAACGCCUCAUCAGCAGAAGCCCUGUGUGAUAUCUCAUCAACAGACUUCCUUGAAAAUGUCUCCUCAACCGAAGCCCUGCACGAUGCACCAGCAAACGAAAUGAAUAACGAUGGCCGAACUCUCGAAGUCACUCCCGGCAAUAGAGCAACAGGGAACACUCUUGACACUUCGAGGGAGAUAAAACAUAACAUUUCUGCCACAGUAUAUGAUGCCCAUGGUGGCAGUGGUGCGGAAGGAUGCUGGCCAACGAUAGUGAAGCCUUACCUGGAGACCGAUCUCGACAGCAUUUUCCUCAAGACCCAGCUCGAAGAGCCAGACGACAAUCACGCUUCACCCCAGCGAGUAUCGGAAGGAAACGUUUUGGUUCCUGAGGGAUCAGGAGGACAUAGUUUGGAAGAUCUUGGAUCCAAGGAGAAGACUGGGAAAAGUUUGGGGUCACAAGAACUGCUUGUGGAUCUUUUGACACCUAGUGAAGUUUUGACACGAAAUGAACUAAAAACGAAAGUUUCCAUACCAACUGAACCAGAUGUGGAAAUUUCGAUAUUAAAAAAAACAAAUGUGAAAAAUUUACCACCAAGUAAGCCAGAUGUGAAUGUUUUAAAACCAGAAGAAACGAAAUUAAAAAAAUCCACAUUGGAAGGUUCCAACUCUGAUGCUUUGCCACCAUUGAUUUCCGGGUCUGAAGUGUUGCCAGUGGAAGAAUCCAAAAUGAACAUUAUGCCACUGAAGGAAUCAAAGGUUGAAGUGUUGCCAAAGGAUGAAUCCAAAGUGAAAGUUCUUCCACGAAAGAUAUCUAGGUUUGAAGUUGUGCCGGUGGACGAAUCCACAAUGAUAGCUCUUUCACCAAAGAAAUCCAGGUUUAAAGUGGGGCCUGUUGAUGAAUCCAUAGUGAAAUUUAUGCCACCAAAGACAUCCAAGAAUGAGGUAUUGCCAGUGGAAGCAUCCAAGGUUGGAGUGUCACCAAUGGAAGAAUCCAAGAUUGAGAUGUUACCAACAGAGGAAUCAAAGAUUGAGGUGUCACCAAAGGAAGAAUCCAAGAUGGAGGUGUCACUCACAGAAGAACCCAAGGUUGAGGAGAUACCAACAGAAGAAUCUGAGGUUGAGGUAUUACCAAAGGAAGAAUCCAAGGCUAAGGUGUCACCAAUGGAGAAAUCCAAGAUUGAGGUGCUGCCAAUGGAAGAAUCCAAGAUUGAAGUGCCGCCAAUGGAAGAAUCCAAGAUUAAGGUGCCACCAAUGGAAGAAUCCAAGAUUAAGGUGCCACCAAUGGAAGAAUCCAAGAUUGAGGUGCUGCCAAUGGAAGAAUCCAAGAUUGAGGUGCCGCCAAUGGAAGAAUCCAAGAUUGAGGUGCUGCCAAUGGAAGAAUCCAAGAUUGAAGUGCCGCCAAUGGAAGAAUCCAAGAUUAAGGUGCCACCAAUGGAGGAAUCCAAGAUUGAGGUGCCACCAAUGGCAGAAUCCAAGAUUGAGGUGCUGCCAAUGGAAGAAUCUAAGAGUGAGGUGCUGCCAAUGGCAGAAUCCAAGAUUGAAAUGUCAUCAACAAAGGAAUCCAAGAUUGAGAUGUCAUUAACAGAAGAAUCCAAGGUUGAGGAUCAGCCAGUGGAAGUUCAGCUACCAAAGAAAUCCACGAGAGAAGUUGAAGAUAUCCGUGUGAAGCGAUCGGAGCAGAGAAGGGGUGUAUCCACCAGACCCAGACUCUCUAGCUUCAAGAGGCCAUCAUGUCCACCGCCACCACCUCCACUAACUCCGCCAUCUUCGCACAGGGGUUUGUCAUCUCCUCGCACUCCAGUGUCAUCUCCUCAUAGCAUGGUGUUAAUUCCCAGCCAAGAGCGAUCUCAAAGCAGGGUGUUGUCUUCUCACAGCAUGACGCCAUCUCCCAUCUCGCCAUUGUCCCAGACUGGGGUGUCUCCUCACAGCUCUGUGUCUUCUGAGAAUGUUAGUCUGAUUUUGCCAGCAUCUGAAUUACUGCUGCAACAGACUGUCUUUUCAUCAACACACACUGAAUCACUAGCUCAAGAGUCUCCCUCUGAAUCCCAAGGAGCUAGGUCACUGGCAGUAGAGUUGUCCUUUGAGGCACCGGUAUCAGAGCCAUCAAUCAGUUCGGAAGUGGUGGCACCUACUUCAUCAUUCUCAGAGACUCCAUCAAGCCCUCUGGUUCCCGAAGAAGUGGAUUCCUUAGCAUCAUUAUCAAGUGCACCCCCUCAAAUACUCGAUGAUACCCAUAUUCAGAUGUUCCAGAAAGAGGAAGAUGGUGCUUAUGCUGAUUUCCUCAAGAGCAGAAUUAAGGCAAUGGCAUCUCGUGUCUUUGAGGAACUGGAAAAUUUGGAUAUUCCUCUAGUGCCGCCACCUCCUCCACACCGGCCGCCUCCACCACCUCCGACAAGAGGGUCAUCGCUUCAUCUCACAGAGACAUCUCUAGCACAUCUUCAGGAUAUGGCCUCAAUGCAGAUGAGAAAAUUGUCUCUGACAGAACUGUCAGAGGAAUCUUCAUCAUCUCUCUCAGAAGCCACUCCAACAUGUGCCUAUGAGGUUCCUCUAACACAGCUCCCAGAAGAUUCAUUGUCCAAACUCUCGAGAGUUUCUCCGGCAAAGCUUUCACAUUCCUCUCUGUCUCCAGCACACUCGAUGAAGGAGGUGAAUGAAAUUAAACUUUCAAAGGUUCCUCCUCCUCCCCUGAAAACACACUCUGCAAAUAUUUCCCCAGCAAAGCUUUGGGAGGCAUCCCAAACACAAAUGGAGAAUUUUUCAACAGAAUUCCUUUUGGAACCCACUUUGACACAGCCUCCAAAGUCUUCUCAAAAAAAGCUAUCAACGUUGUUUCAAUCACGGCUUCCGAUGCCUGUGGCAUCACAGCCACCAAAGUCACAUCGAACACGCAUUCCAAGGCCCUCUCCACCACCUCAUCAAAAGAGUCCUUUAACACAGCCCCCAAAAUCUCUUGUGCAUGCUUCAGAGUCAAUUUCAUCCAAGGCUCAAGAGGACACACUACCACAUUUCCAAAACUGGUCUCCAACGCACCUUUUAAGUGAGUUGGAGAGAAUGGAGAUUAUAAUAGUUCCUCCUCCCAUCCCUCGGCAGUCACCACAAACAACCCAACAAAAGACUUGUGCAAGAGAGCUUCCAAAAACUACUUUAAACCAGGUGAGAGGCGAGUCUCCAGCACAAAUUUUGAGUAAGUUGGAAAAUAUGGAGAUCCUAGAGGUGCCUCCUCCUCUCCCCCGAAAACCACCUCCAGUACAAUCUCCAGAUACCUCUCCAAUACGAUCUCCAGAUACCUCUCCAAUACGAUCUCCAGAUACCUCUCCAAUACAACCACUAGAAACCUAUCCAAUACAACAACCAGAAUCUUCUCCAUCACAGUUUCCAAAAGUUUCUUCAACAAAGGUACCAAAAGACUCUCAAAGACAAAUUCCUAAGCUGUCUUCAACACAACUGCCAGAGUCUUCAACACAGUUCUUAAAAGCUCAAAAACAGCUUCAGAAAUCUUCUUCAUCACCGCUUCCAAGAGCCUCAUCACUGCUCCCAAAGCAUUCUCCAACACAGCUUCCAAAAUCGCCAACUCAUCUCUCAAAACAUUCACCAACAAGGAUCCCAAAAGCUCCAAAUCAGAAUACCCACAAAACUUCUAUAUCACAGAUCCCAAAAGCUUUCCAAUCACAGCAUCAAAAUGCUUCUACAAAAUUUCCAUCAAAGAACCAACGUGGAUCUCCAGCACAACCCGUAAAUGAAAUUGAAAACAUGGAGAUUCUGGAAGUGCCUCCUCCACCCCCACGGCAACCACCUCCAACACAGUUGGAGGCUUCUUCAACACAGCAUGUGGAUCCAUCCUCAUCGAAGAGUUCUUCAAUGCAACUCCACAGGGAUUUUCCAACACAGGUCCAGGAAGCAUCUGCAGCACAGCUUGCAGAGAGUUCUCAGUCACAACUAUUUGAUGUGUGUCUCCCACAAUCUCCACGUAAGUCUCCAUUAGAGCACCAAGGCAGGUCUCCAACACAACUACUAAAUGAGUUGGAAAACAUGGACUGCCUGGAAGUGCCUCCUCCACCUCCUCGACAGCCACCUCCAACACUGUUACUGAAACAUUCUCCUUCAACACAGCCUCAGGUAGCUUCUCUAUCACACCCACCAGAAAUGUCACAGUUGGAACAACUAGAUGUAGAUAUAACCAGAAACGACAGGACCACAGAGGACGUCACUAAUACCGGGACCACAGAGGACGUCACUAAUAUCGGGACCACAGAGGACGCCACUAAUAUCGGGACCACAGAGGACGUGACUAAUACUGGGACCACAGAGGACGUCACUAAUGCCGGGACCACAGAGGACGUCACUGAUGCCUGGAACAUGGAGGACGUCACUGAUGCCUUCAACAUGGAGGACGUCACUGAUGCCUUCAACAUGGAGGACGUCACUGAUGACUGGAUGAUGGAGGACGUCACUGAUGACUGGAACAUAGAUGAAGUCUUCGAUACCUGGAACUUUGAGGUAAACGGACCAGCGCUUGUGUCUCAAAUAACCGACUUCGACACCCUUCCGCUCGUCGCUCCUCCUCCACUUUUUGCAGACGAAGAGUGUGAUGACGUCUGGACGUCUUGCUCAAUCCUUCCGCCAGAGCCAAUUGCGAAGGAUGUCGAAAGAAAGUUGGAAAGUCAUCCAGGUCAUGCAUUAAAGUCUAAAGCCUCUGGUGGGGGCGCCCAAGAGUAUAUGACUGAGGAGGAAGAAGAGGUGGAGGAAGAUGAGGAGGAGGAAGAUGAGGAGGAGGAGGAGGAAGAGAAUGAAGAGGAUGAGAAUGAAGAGGAUGAGAACGAAGAGGAUGAGGAGGAGGAGGAAGAAGAGGAGGAGGAGGAAGAGAUUGAAGAGGAGUGUGUGAAGGACAAGGAAGAGAAGAACGGGAAGCAAGAUGGUCACAACAAUGAAUUUACCCAGUCUGUUGAUACUGCAGCCUGGGAGGAAGAAAACAAGAUGUGCUUCAAUGAGCCGGACUUUAGUUCGGAGUCUAGCUCCACAGGAACUUCAAGUCCAACUGGUGAAGGUGUUAUCCAGAAGGAAGAAAAUGAGAAAGGGGUUCAGGAAAUCGAUACUACCGCCCCUGAAUGCUAUUUUCCAAGGACUUCGACACCUGAACCACAUAAAGCUCCUCCGGGUGAACUCUCUGACGACAUAACUCACUCUGCUGACUCCGAAGGAACGAAAGAAUGGAACAAAAGAGGCCCCAAGAAACUCGAUGCUUCCCAAGAGUCACACUUUCCAGGGACUUUGACCUCAAAGGCUCUCGGGGCAUCGCCGGAAAAGUUCCCUCGUGAUAUCACUGUCGUGGGUGAACAAGAAGAUAUUAAGGAACCAAUAACUGUACAUGCACUUCCUUGUCAUCAAAGUGUUAAGACUCCAGGUCAAGCAAAGGUGUCAGGAGACCAACUGCUGGAAGAAGAAGCAACAACUCUCUCCCCUGAAAAUGAAGAUGGUCAUGUAAAACAGGAGCGAGAAGAAGCACUUCUCGCUAAAAUAAGAAAGCUAAGUAUAAAACCGGACAGUGAGAGUGAGGUUAACAGGGCAGAGAUGGACAUCGAAGACAGCACCACACAGACAAAUCCAUCCAGUGAAUCUUUAGAACUGGAUGUAGCCUCCUCGCCUACUGCUCACAACUACAACGUUGAACAGGCCAUACACAUAGCCAGUCCAGACACGUCUUAUGACAUAUUAGUUACCGUUUCCGUGAAAGCCACUCAGUCAUCAGUGCCAGAGAUAGGAGAGUCCUCGAGUAAAACCCAUGCUUCCAUCCCUGUCAAGAACAAAGAACAGACUGGACACCACAAAAGGAAAACGCGAAAGGCAAAGAACUCCAAAGAAAGCAAGUCUUCGAAAAAGAAUGUCAAGGUUAAGAAAAUUUGUAAUGAGGAGGAGCCUCUACUUGGUCCAGAGGAGCGAAAACAUCAUCACGAGAGCGGGAAGCGCGCCAUGAUGGAGUUCUACGUGAACACUCUCACCAGCGACAGUGACACCGGCUCCGACUCCUCCACCACCGCCUCCACCAGCGACUCCGACACCGACAACGACGACGACGGCGACGUGGGCAGGUCUUAUCAGGUGACGGCUCCGGGAGACGGGGUGCUGGCCACUAUCGAGGAGGACGCUGAGGAAGACUCCGGAGCCGAGAGUUCCGGCCACUGGCUCUUCUCGGCGGACAACACCGACACAGACUCCGUCAUCCACCUGCCGGCGGUGCUCGAACCCCCGGUCCACGCUCACGAUGUCCACCAGGCGCUGCAAGAGGGUGAGAGUAGCGGCAGUGAGUCGACUGUGGUCGAGGAGGAGGAGGGUGUGUGGGGCCCCGCCGGCCAAGUGGGGAGGGACGAGCAACAGGAAGCGGUUGUGGUGGCGGGGACGAGUCACGCUCCCAUCGCUACCGCCGCCCUCACUACCCCGGCCACUGACACUCAUUACGACUCGUCCGCCUGCACGGGUGUGCGCGACGAGGGAGGACCGGUAGCGGAUAGUGCAGCCAGGGCCUCCCACAGCAGGAGACGCAGUCACGAAGACCAGGCAGGCGUUGUGCCGCCCACCGCCCACGCCCGCCGCCCCGAGCCCGCUAUGCUGAGUCGUGACCACGCCGCCAGGGCUUUCGACCAGCACGUGGACGAUGUGUUCGACUUUGAGAGCCUGGAGAGCUGUGAGAGUGUGUCUGGGGGCAGCGACGACGCCUCCUUCGCCACCCACGACAACACCUGUCUUGACAACUCUCGUCUCGACGACACACGCCUCGACGACACACGCCUUGUCUUCACCACCUCCGCCACUUCCUUGCCCUUCGACGACAAGAAUGAGUCGAGUCACAGUGAGGAUGAUGGUGUGGUCGAGUACUCGAGCGACCAUACACGUCGUCCCACGGUGCAGACGGGGACGUGGGGUGACUCUCCACACUGCCCCGCCCACACUCACACCUUCGUCAUGGGCUGCACCGACUGUUCAGAACGUGAGAGGUCGACAGAGAGUAGCCACUCUGGUUCAACGCCCACUCCAGGUGCGCCGCACUCUGAUGUGCCGCCCGUGACGGCGCAGUCCCCCUACAGUGCCUUCGUCAGCGUCCGACGCCACACCUACUCUUCCUCGGAGGAAGACUUGGCCAGUGAACCUGUGGAGGGUGAGAGUGGGCAGGUGGGCUGUGUGGACGCCCCUCACCCGGGUCAGCCCCAGAGUGGGCCGGAGAGUGUAGACCUGUUUGGUCUACCGGUGCGGUGGACGCCAGCUGGGGAGGCCCAGCCCUGCUCCGUGCCCUUCACAAGUGACACGCGUCCCUCACACCUGGACGAUGUCGGCUAUCCCAGCCUGGCGUUCCUUCGCCAGACGGAGGCGUCACAGCAGACCUGUGGCGAUGAUAACGUUAGCAGCGGUAAGGAACCUACUGUUGGGGGUCGUGUGGGGGAGAGUGGGGGGAUGAGAGCCCUCGCAGCUCUCCCAAGUGAUGGUGAAACCUGCAGUGAAGCCAGUCAUCGCCAGCAUGCGACACAUAACCUACUUCACGGCCCGCCGCCCCUCAGUCUCACUACACACGUGUUCCCGGCCGCAGGUGAGGCUCUGGCACCCGCUGGCACCCAGCAUGACCCCGCGGACGCUAUGAGGGACACCCGACCCUCCCCCAGCACCCCGCCAGUCAUCGCUGACCUCACACACCCCGCUAGGUGGACACCCAGCUUAAAACUAUCCGAACUGACCCACCAACCUGUCCAUCUGGACACGCGCUACACCCACCAUGCCCACCCACCGCCCCACCACGCCCACCCACCGCCUCACCACGCCCACCCACCGCCCCACCACGACCCCGCUGACCUGCCCUCGGGCGACAGUGAUACAGACACAGACAACACCGACGGCGACUACGACGAGGAAGACCACUUCGCCGCAGAGUUGAGUCUGCGCAUCUCCAGCGUGCAGUGUGGGGCGGAGACCGCGGGCACGUCCUUCCUCAGCUCAGAUAUCCUGCACCUAAGUGGCGCGGGGGAAGGCGUGGCGGGGCGGGGCGGGGCAGGAGGUGCCCCGGGUGAGCCGGGCAGUGACGCGGGCAGUUCUCCAGAAGUGCCAGAGUCGGUCAGGUCCAGUGAGAGUCGCAGUGCCACGCGCUCUCUCGAGACGCUGAGUGAGGACAGUGGUCUGGGCGACCGUGACUCUCACCUCACGCCCAUAUCCCAGGCUGCCCCACGCCCGUCGCUGCCCUCGGAGGCUCGCCCACGCCCACAGGACGGGCAAAACGCCCUCAUCGGCCGCGCCUUCUCGUGUGGCGACCUUCGGCGGUAUUCAGAGUCUGAUAGUGAGGACGAAGACAUGUUCAGGUGGGCGCCUCACCCCGCCGCCCUCGUGGCGCCAAAUGCCAGCCACGCCCACGACACUGAGCACCCGCGCCCAUCAAAGUCGAGCUUCGCCAGGUACAUCGAGGAGCAGCAGCAGCGGGGGGAUGAGGAACGUGGCGAUGCCCGGCCUCCCAGAGCACAUCCCCGCCCGCACCCCGCACAUUUCCGCCCGCACCCUACACAUCCGCUCUCGGGCUCCGACGCCAGCGACGAGGAGGUCAGGUCACGUUACAGGGGUCACCGGGGCGCCCACUCCAGGCCACGGAGGCACAGGAGUUUCCACGAGGCGCCGCCCUCGUACAGGCACGACCCGUACGGACGACGCAGUAGUGAGGUGCCACGCCACGCGAGGGGCGAGGGGCGCUGGGCAGUGCCACCCCCGCCGGCACCCCUCCCAGGCAGGCGCCGCCCUCAGCCCAUCAGUGUGGACUUGGCCGAGCAGUUUCUCAGCCAAGAAGGAUUGAAAUCUCCUAACUGUAAACAAAUGGUUGGGAACUCCUUUGAUGCGAAGGAAGGUGUUGAGUGCACGAGGGCACGGCAUCCUGGUGCGGGCACUGGGGGCGGGGCCCGCCUGGACCCCACCCACCUCCCACCCAAUCACCAGCCAGGUGGUGGGGGGAGCACCAAUGGGGUGUCGGUGGGCGGGGUGUUGCAAGUCCCUGUAGGGUCACGGGGUGAGGCGCAGCCCCCGGCCUCACCCCACACGGCGGAGCUGACGGUGCUGCAGCAGCAGCAGCAGCGCCCCUCCCCGCUCCGUGCUCCACCGCCCCCCAUCCCUCACCACCACCCUCACCAAUAUAGCUCCACGCCCGCCCAGUUGCCCAAUGAGUGCCAGCCCGUACACACCGGGCAGAGGAGCGGUGGCAGUAGCAGCCCGACCCAUGACCCGGCCACCGCCGCCAACGCCCCUGCCGGAAGUGACCUCCGACAGUGCCCACCUGCUGACGACGCCUCGAGCACAGAGUCAGCAGCUUCAGUGAAUCCAGAGAUGGCUGACGGACCUACCAGAGUCAGGACCAAGACCUACGGGUCCCACGGUGAGGUGGAAGUGUACAUAGCGAAAACAGACAGUGGCUUCACGCCCCCACGCCCCUCGCCCGUGCUCACGCCCACGGGCGGGGCAGAGCCCAGGCCGGGCUCCAGGGGCGUCACCUUCUCGCCCUCGGUGAAGGAAGUCAAUUGGCGGGAGAGUUACUACGAGGUAGAGUCUAACGACGAUGGUUCAGAGACUGACGUGCAGAAAGUGGUGGUAAUGACAGCUGAGAGCCCCAGGCCUCAGCGGGUAGACCUUGGCACCCCUGCCCCGACGUCUGGCACCCCUGCCCCGACGUCUGGCACCCCUGCCCCGACGUCUGGCACCCCUGCCCCGACGUCUGGCACCUCGGCCCCGACGUCUGGCACCCCGGCCGUCGUGCCCACAAACAGCACUGUAGCCGGAAACAACACCUCCGGGCCGACUAGCAGCUGUACCAUCGUUACCGACCAAGCCAACGGGCGAGCACCCGACCAGCCGGUGGGCUCCUCCUCCUCUGAUGCGGAACUAAGCGGGGAGAUGUCGCCCAAGGCCUCCACGCCCCUCUGGCAGAGGUUUAAGUUGCCCAAGAUCCCGUCACCCAAGACCCAGCGCCCCAAGCUGCCGCCCAAGCCCCGCUCUCUGUCUUCCCGCUCCUCAGACACCGAGAGCUCUAAGCCCUCCAGCCCGGGGCUAGACAGUAGCUCCUCGACGCCCUCCUCCCCCGACAGUAAGCCCAAGAAAGCUCCGUCCAGCCCCAGGUUCUUCUCGUGGGGCUCUAAACGUGAGAAGGGAAGAGAUCCCCCCCGCCCCCUGGUGUCGCCUCCCCCGCCCCCAGCUCAGGUGAGCACGAGGCAGGUGGGGGCGGUGCUGGGGCGUGAGGCUGGGGUUAAAGGUGAAGCGGAGCCGUCAGUGUGUGGCAGGGCAGUGCCCCGCCACGACAGUCCUGGUGAUCAGUGUCAGAGUGUAGUGAGGAGUGUGCUAGAGUCCCAGGCCAGUGUAGUGUGUGCAGUGACAGGUGAGACCGCACAGGUAAACUCCCCGGCCAGUUCAGUGAGAGGUGUGGACGCGAAGGUUUACUUGGCAGACAGCGAUGCGAGUCACGAGUCUGGUAGAAGCCCACCAGCGUCGGUGACAUCAGGCGACGAGAGCUCGGAGGCGGGGCAGCUGCACAGUCCACGCACAGCUGUGUCCAAGCCGCCCCUGCCGCCCCACCCGCAGCGGCCGACGCAGCAGGUGUUCCACAAGGCGAGACUCCUCAGUGCCCGCAGACAGUACUUCAGUCAGGAGCGACAGGUGUCAGCCCCAGAGAGGUCCUCCCCUCCCAAGGACGUUGCUGAUAGUCCUGCCCCCGCCCCUCGUCCCCCCCUCCCCACCACCUCCAGCUAUACCUCGGUGUUCGACGCCUCCAGGAGCCUGAAGGAGAGGUUCGAGAGGUUCUCGGCGAGUGCUCGCGCGGAACGUGAGCGACUGGCCAAGAGCACGCCUGACCUGAGUGUGAUCGAGGCGAGUGUGCGCCGGCAGAGUCCUCGUAUUGAUUCCUGGAGCCAGCAGCAGCAGCAAGAGCAGGCUGACUCCCAGGCCGGUAGUGUAGCCUGGGCUAGUGAUGGUGACACGGCGGAGCGUUCCCACGGGGCACCCAACACCCACCACAAGCCCAGGGCAUCUAUACACGAGCGAUACAAGAACAGGGCGCAGCGUAUAUACGCCCGUUCUCGUACGCAGAGCGUGGGCGUGCUAGAAACUGACCUAGAUACGGGGGCGUCGAGGGAGGUGCUUACGCUUCAGGAGACCAACUUAGACGACCUAUACCGGGAUCUGCAGACUCUACUAGACACCCUCCCCGCCCUGGGUGCCGCUCCCACCUACCAAGACAAGGCCAGAGCCAAGUCCCUCCUCGACCUGGAGGCCACCAGUGCCUCGGACAUGGACGCCCAGUUGACCGCCCCGCCUCGACCUCCAGAAACCAGGGCCAAAAGCAUGGAGUUCCUCCUCGACGAUAGCAACAAAGCGUCAGUACAGUGCCAGCUGCUGUUGGAGCCUCCGGAGAACGAGCUGAUGAAGGGGUCCGAACGGCAGCUGUCAGAAGCAGAGCUAAGAGUCAGGCGAUCCCUCCAGAGACUCGAUGUUCCUGACUGGAUGAAGAAUGCACAGCCACAGCAGCAAGGUUUUCUUCUUCGCCGACGUGACUAUAGCUCUAGCACGACAGGCGGUGGUGGAGGCUGGUCAGCAUACUCGUCUAAGACUGCAUCAAUGACGUCACUGGGAUCAUCCCGAGCUCAAACCCCCAGCACACCCACUAAAGUGGUCAUACCUACCCGGGUAACCUCCAGAGGCAUGACAGGACUUGGAGGUGUCACCUCACCAGCCUCCAAUUGUUCUAUAUCUCCUUCUCCCAGUGAUCGCAGCGGAUCACUCUUUCAAUAUCCAAUCUCGCGGUGGUCAACGUCUCGCCUCAACUCUGGUACCACCACACCCACUGGCUCGGUGACAUCCACUAAAUCCACCGCAACAUACACCCGCCAACCGUACCUUGGAUGGCGAUCACAAACUUCCUUAGCCUCACUAGCCGGCUCUCAGUCUUCGCUUACAAACACCGGUUCUUACUUAACCGCGGCAGAUAGAUUAGCUCUUGGCAUCACUGCAUAUAGCCAAAGAUUUGUAAAGUCUGCAGCCAACACACAGGACAAGGAGAAUUCUUCAGCAGAAGCAAAUGCAGCCAUGCCAAAGCCUGAGAGUGAAGAACAGAAUGAUACAGGUAGCACAAAUGGUAGCAUCAAAUUGCAAGUGCCCACUGAUGUUGCAGAUGUCCAUUCUUCCAUAAAGGAGGUAACAUCAGCCAUAGUACAUUACUGCAAUGAGUCCACACCAUCCCCUAGGGCAUCUCCUAGAGGGUCUCCAAGACCAGAGGGAAGAGCUCCCUCCCCACGACGUUUGGUUUGGGUUGAGAGUUCCUUUGUGGGCUCUCGACCAAUCACCUCUCCCGAGACUCCAACAAGCUCAUCACAUGCAAUUACCCCUACGUCACAGCUCAAUGGUCACGACCUACCCGAGUCUGGGGAAGCCACAUCUCGGCCACCGCAGCCUCCGGAGUUGGCGAGCCUCGUGAACAGCUUAAGCAGCGCGUGCAGCAGCCUCCGGGACAGCAGCAAAGACAGCACAGCGGCCAGCACCAACGACAGCACAGCUGUCAUCGUUGAUAGCAGCAUAGGUGACAGCAGUAGAGCAGACAGUAGACACAGCCUAUCAGAUAGUGGGCAGAGCACGGUAGACCGCAGCACAGUAGGUAGCAGACACAGCACUGCUGAUACCGUCAACAGUGGUCUUAGUAGCCGUAACAUCGACAGCCUAAACAGCAGAAACAGCGUACUGAGCAGCAGGAGCAGCGGUGGGUGUAGCAGUCGAGGGAGCAUUGGCAGCAGCAGAGACGACAUGCAAGCUUCCCCGGGAAGUGCUGAAGUGGAGGAGCUCUCAGGGCGGGAACAUGCCGUGUUUGAGGACGACGUGACGCCCUCUGAAGCUAACCUGACGCCGCAGCCCGUGAAGCCUCUGCAGCACACUGGCGGGAAUAUCCAGCCAGCCCCAAUGCUCUAUCAAGUCACUGGAAGCUCAGGUGUCAAGGGCGCCAUCUUCCCAUACGACGCUCCAACACAGGACGUAGAGACGAGACGGCCCGCUGACGUGUCCUACAGAAAUCCUUGUAAAGAACCCUGUAAGUUCCAGGAGGCGGUGGGAGACACUUAUCUUUCCCACUAUGGCGGCAGAACACGAUAUGACAGCCAUUAUAAUAGAGAUGAGAGUGUGGGAAGGACGUUUGCUAGUCAUCAGAAGGAAGGAGACAGCCUUGAGACCACUCCACGUGAUCAGGUGACGGACACCACCACACUUGAGGACGUCUUGGAUUCCCUUCUGGCCUUGCCCUCCGCUUCCAGGUCGCCAAGCCCCGUCAACAGUCACCAUCCGUUAGGGCGGCCCUUCAGUCACCCAGGGUUCACCAGGGGGCACGAGGAGAGGGACGCCGCCCUUCACACCUCACACCGUAGCCUCGACCAACCUCAGGCGCAAGUGACAGGAGUACACCCUCUCGAAGAACUCCAUUAUGGCUACCUCCGCAACCACGAUCUUCCCACCGACUUCAAGAACGAGGGUUACCGCAAGUCAUUCAGUUACAGCUCCAGCAGCGGCGACAACAGCUUGCAGCAGCCCCAGCAGCAGCCGAUGGGGGCGACUUUCCCCAUGGGGCACCAUUACUACAAUCCUCAAGACCAUCCUCCACCCUCUGAGGGAUCCUCCGUGUCCUUCUUCCUCGGGAGGGGCGAAGGUGAUAUUCCCAGUGAGCCGCCCACCACGCACACCCUCUCACACGCCCGCACUACGCACGCGCAAACGCACGUGCACCUGAGGGGCAGAGCGACCACAGCGCGUCGCGUGGAGACGCUGGAGUUGUCUGGACCGGAGGGCACCAUCACCGCCCAUCACCUGACGGAGGCCAACCACACCGGCGUCUUGCUCCACCAUUCUGCCGCCUUGGUCACUCACAGGCCCUCGCACGCCCAUGUCCUCCCCUCUGCUACGCACGCCCACGCUGCUUACACUGCCCCCUGCGCCCCUUCACAGGAUGCCUACACCAUCUCAACUCACAGUCCGCGUAUCUUCCCCGCCCACAUCAAGCCACACUCACAGCCCAACUUCUCUCAAAACAUUCACCUUUCUUCCCCUCUCUCUCACCCGACCUCCACUGCUCUCACUAAUCACUCACACUCCUCCACUCUCACAAACUCCAACACUGUGGUCAACUCUCACAACACCCAAGUGUCACACUCAUGGUAUCGUAAUGCACAAGUAUCUAGUACCAGCAACACUGCCCCCAACACCCACACAUCAAGAGCAAGUGUUUCUGAGAGUAUUCCAACCCACACAGUCACUCCCAGCGUCCGCGGCAGCCACUCCCAGCCUCAACAGACCAAUGUUUCUAGUCACUUUGUCCCCGACAGCCAGGAAUCCGGCCAAGUCAAUCAGCUGGGCGCCUCACCUCCUCACCGGGCGACGCCGGAGGUGGCUAGAGUGUGUCCGUCUGAUCCCCUGACCGGAGCCCUUCUCUUCAGUAGCGUGAUAGCUGCGGCUCCCUCCAUCAUCGAGUCCCGGCCGCCUGCGGGGCCCCGCGUCACAUUCCACCUUCCCCCCAGACACAUGAACAUCCCUCCAGACUCCUCCUCUGAGAACGGGAAUGGCAACGAGAACGUCCGAGUCGACGCAGAGGAGGAGUCUGGGGUACCGACUCUGGGGGUGCGAUGCCGCAACCCCGGCUGCGGGCAAGCUGCGGACACAGAAGAAGUCCGCAGGAGCUACAAGAUGUGCCACAACUGCUGCACCUUCUACUGCUCGCGAGCGUGUCGCCGUCAACACUGGGAGAGACACAAGCGGCAGUGUAAAAAAAUCCGCGCGCUGGCCGUGGCUAAGCAGGUGACGGCACGGGUGAGGGAGGAUGACACCGUGCUGGAGCGAAUUAGUGCCGUGGCACGCCGUGGAGCCCGUGCCCUGGGCCGUGGCACUGUCAAGGUGUAUUUCCAUGACACGAAAGCCGCUGAGACAUUCGUAGGUGGUGGCGAAGUGCCAGAUGCGCACUACCUGACCAUCCAGAACCUUCUGCCUCAGGAGACAGGUUCGGAGGUCUACAAGCAGAUCACCGACCUCUGUAAACACUAUAACACCGAGUAUAAGUUUGUCUUGUAUGUUAGUAUAUGUAUUAUGAACGAGAUUCCUACAGGGUCGUCGCCCAAGUGGGAGCGCGAGGUGGUAUCGCAAUGCGCAAAAUUACGGCUCACUGCUGUAGCUCGCGGUACGGACACGUGGAGCCCGCGUCCGGAACGACACGUCAUCACGCGGGACAUGGAUGAGCCCGAGACGCUUAUCCUCACUUCAGCACCCAUCCCCGACUCGAACACGUCACCGCAGGCGGCCAGACACAUCGCCUUCAACAACAUUGUGCGGCACCUGCGGGAAAGGGGCAUCAGCCUGCGGCAUCAGUACCCUGAUGUCCACCGGAAGCUGACGGCGUACGUGGAGGCUGGAGAGGUCUUCCCGCCCCUGACCAUCUACCCGAGAGACCCCAACACAGGCUCCACAUUUAUGUGCAUCAUCAUGCCAGAGACGGACCAUGCCAAGCUUCAGCUCCUCAGUAACGAUGCUUCCAAGGUUCGCACCAUCGAUAUCUCCCGGCCACACCCUCCUACAUGAGGGCAUCGUACCCCUUUCCUAACUUCCUAACCCCUCACAUCCUAGCUUCAUUUCUCAUCACCAUUAACCCCACAUCCCAUCUCCCAGUUGCUGAGUCUUCCGUCUGACCCCCCAAAACUUCCUGCAAGCCAGCAACUACAUCAAUCCUGGGUUUUGUCUUCGCCUAGAGAAGACAAUCUAAGACUUCUCCUUUGCUAUCUUCCUCCCUGACUGACCUUCUUCCCAGUCACCCACGUGAGAGCGCGCGUCGCCUGCCCCAGCUCCAGACGUGGGUAGUAAUGUCAGUCCUCUUCACGGGGCUUGUGAUAUCUUGGUGUUAGUGGUCAUGCUGCACACUGGCCUUAGAGUUCCGGCAAACAGAUAACCCGGGUUGUGUACAACAACGCCAGACUUGUCACAUCUGGCCAUUCGUCUCAGUGUGUGUUGGCCAGUGAUUGGUGGAGACGAGCGUGACGUCACAAGUCUGUUGCCAAAUUUGUUUUCCACCUAUCUUGUAUAGUUUUAUUUCCUCAAUUAUACGGGAUUUGUUUCUAAAUCAUAUGCUAGUAAAGCAAAUGUAAAUGUGGUUUGUUACUGAUGCUAGACAUAUCCUGACGUUAUUGGUGUUGGUGAAAGUGAUAAAAAAAACUAAUUUUAAGUCAGUUGUCUCUUCCCCAUAAUAUCAGAGCCGAGUCACUUGUUGGUGAUAUAAGUAAUUACCAUAAGAAGGCGCCAAAUUGUUGGCGAUAAAAUGUAUUUGUGUAAAUGUCUCUGGUUACUGGAUGGUGGGUACAUCCGGGAGAAUACUUCCAUCUUCUCCGGGAUGUGAACUUGUGUUUGUAAAACUUGUGUUUGUGAACCCGUGUUUGCAUGAUUCGUGUUUGUAAAAGUUGGAAAAAUCCUUUAAGGCGUGUCUGCUAGCAGAAAGUGACCAAUACCGCUCUUUGAAAGCGGAGCAAAUCAUUCCCUACAGCGGCUGAUUAAUUGAUUAUACUGCCUUUCAAUGUUUUCAUCAGUGAUGAUCAAUUGUUGGACGCGAUGUCCUGUCUCAGUAGCAUAGUAGUGUUUGGUAUAGACCGAGGGCUAUGUGACCUACUUCACAGAGUACAGUAUGAAUAAUUACAUCCACUGACUCAAUCGUUUUAACAUAAAACUCUCCAGGACCUUCUAAAGCCAUCCCGAGCCUCUCUCAAUACGUUCAUAAUACCACUGACAUUAAAAAAAAUACUACCAGGCAGAUUUUGAGACAACCGUGAAUGCAAGUAGUCUGACAGUCCCAUAGACACCUUCGUACACAAAUCAUAUUGGCGCAAUAUAUCAACGAGAAAAGCAUCUGCAGGUCAAUACAAUGUUGAUUCAAGUCGCCUCAUUGCUCUGAUGUGUGUGGGUUGGUCAUCAUAUCUUCAGCCACGUUAUUGUGACUCAUCGUCUCCAAUAGAUAACUAAUCAUUUUCACUAUGUUGACCAGACCACACACUAGAAGGUGAAGGAACGACGACGUUUCGGUCCGUCCUGGACCAUUCUCAAGUCAGGUCGACACAUAUUUACUAAUAAUAUUAUUUCAAUAAUAUGACCAUCAUCAUAUAAUUGUUUGACAAUUCAGAACUAAAUAAAACUCACUGCUCUUGAGUAUGGAACAGUUUUCAUUUGAAGGGUUAACUAUUGCAUAGCCUGAGGAGAUGGCACAAAUAAGAGAGAACGCAGUAUUAUUCACAUUAACGAAGCCUCUGCAAGGAAAUAAUUGCCAAUCAAUACUUUGGAUGUGAUACUGGGUUGCCAGACUAAGUGUGGUGAGCUGUGGGUGUGAUUUAGCUCAGUGUGGUGAGCUGUGGGUGUGAUUUAGCUCAGUGUGGUGAGCUGUGGGUGUGAUUUAGCUCAGUGUGAUGAGCUAAAUCUCUGUAUAAAUGAGUGUGAGUAUUUUUUAAUAUUUGUAUUUUUACUAUUUGUGUCGGCAGAAUCAAGCUAUUUUGCUCUUGGACCCCGCCUUUCUAGCCAAUCUAAUUUUUCCUCUUAUUAUGUCUAUUGCAUCUAUUUCUCUCUAACACACUCCUACACACAUCCCCAGGAAGCAGCCCGUAGUAGCUGGUAAACUCCCAGGUACCUAUUUACUACUAGGUGAACAGG